UCUGCCCGUUUCUUAAAGCGUUUGAAGUGGAGAUGGUGAGAGGAGGUCACGAGUUCAUCACGCCUACCACCGAAAACCCCCAGCCCUGGUGAUAGAGAUAGCGGUCCAAGGGGCGAGGGGAAGCGGAUCGAUCCGAGCUCCAAUCCGUUGGAGAGAGCAGCGCACGCCUAAUUCCGUCGGCCGUCUAUUUCCGCUACCGAUCGAUCGGGUCGAGCGGCCCUCGUCGCGCCACGAUCGUAAGCGGCAGCAGCAGGGAAGUGCUUAAUCGGGCUCGGGAGAGGAGGUUGAUGCGAGAGCGGCCAUGGAUCGGGCAGCGCUGACGGUCGGGCCGGCGAUGGAUCUGCCGAUAAUGCACGACAGCGACCGGUACGAGCUGGUGAGAGAUAUAGGGUCGGGAAACUUCGGUAUCGCCAGGCUGAUGAGGGACAAGCAGACCAAAGAACUGGUCGCCGUCAAGUACAUCGAGAGAGGCGAGAAGAUAGAUGAAAAUGUUCAAAGAGAGAUAAUUAACCAUAGAUCAUUGAGGCACCCAAAUAUCAUCAGGUUCAGAGAGGUUAUUUUAACUCCAACCCAUCUGGCUAUUGUUAUGGAAUAUGCUUCUGGUGGUGAGCUUUUUGAGCGUAUUUGCAGUGCAGGACGCUUCAAUGAAGAUGAGGCACGAUUCUUCUUCCAGCAACUUAUAUCAGGUGUUAGCUACUGUCAUUCAAUGCAAGUAUGUCAUCGUGAUCUGAAGCUGGAAAACACUUUAUUAGAUGGAAGUGCUGCUCCUCGUCUGAAGAUAUGUGAUUUUGGAUAUUCCAAGUCGUCAGUUUUGCAUUCACAACCAAAGUCGACCGUUGGAACGCCUGCGUAUAUUGCUCCUGAAGUUCUACUCAAGAAGGAAUAUGAUGGCAAGAUUGCUGAUGUAUGGUCUUGUGGAGUUACUUUAUAUGUAAUGCUAGUAGGCGCAUAUCCUUUUGAGGAUCCAGAGGAGCCUAAAAAUUUCCGAAAAACAAUACAGCGUAUAUUGAGUGUUCAGUACUCGGUUCCAGACGGUGUUCACAUAUCUCUGGAAUGUCAACACCUUAUCUCAAGAAUUUUUGUUGUCAAUCCUGCCAUGAGGAUAACAAUUCCUGAGAUACGCAACCAUGAGUGGUUCUUGAAGAAUCUUCCUGCUGACCUAGUGGAUGACAAGACGAUGACUAAUGAGUACGAGGAGCCUGACCAACCAAUGCAAAAGAUCGAGGACAUAAUGCACAUCUUAGAGGAGGCCACCAUACCUGCAGCCGGUGCUCGUGGACUCAAUCAACACCUGAUGGGUAGUCUCGAUAUUGAUGACUACGAUGACGACGACGAUAUGGAGGACCUGGACUCAGAUCUUGAUCUUGAUAUCGACAGUAGCGGGGAGAUGGUUUAUGCUAUGUAAAUUUGUGAUGGAAUAAAGACACCAAGCCAGAGUCUCGAGCCAAGUUAGGUAGCAAGAUGUUUGAUAUGAUUGUAAAACGGGUAUCAAAUCCCAGUUGUUGUCUUCCCUUGAUGCUAGAAGGGUCGUGUAUUAAAGUUCAAACAUUGGUGAUGUUUGCAUAAAAACAUGGUUGUUUAUUGUCUAUUAA